AGAUGGCGGCCCCCAGGGAUGGGCUGGCAACAGUGGAGGCUGAGGGGAUCGCGGGGCGCCAGGCGAGCUCAGGAGUGGAGGCGGUAUUUCCUUCCGAUCCCGCCACACCCGCCCCGCUGUGUCCUCACGGACCUACUCUUCUGUUUGUAAAGGUGAACCAAGGGAAAGAAGAAACACGGAGAUUUUAUGCCUGCUCAGCCUGUAGAGAUAGAAAAGACUGUAAUUUUUUUCAGUGGGAAGAUGAAAAGUUGUCAGGAGCUAGACUUGCUGCCCGAGAAGCUCAUAACCGAAAAUGUCAGCCUCCUCUGUCCCGAACGCAGUGUGUGGAAAGGUACUUGAAGUUUAUUGCGUUGUCCCUGUCUCAGAGAAAGUUUUGUCAACAAUGUCAGCAAUUGCUGUUGCCAGAUGAUUGGGAGAAGCAUCAGGAGCAUCGAGUAGUAGGCGAUAUUUCUAUCACCCAGUUGAAAAGGCCCAGUCAGCUUCUUUAUCCAUUGGAAAACAAGAAGACAAAUGCCCAGUAUUUGUUUGCUGAUCGGAGCUGUCAGUUCUUGGUAGACCUACUUUCUACCCUUGGAUUCACAAGAGUACUGUGUGUUGGAACACCAAGGUUGCAUGAGCUGAUCAGAUUGAAAGCAUCAGGUGAAAAGAAGUCUAACAUUAAAAGCCUUUUAUUGGAUAUUGAUUUUAGGUAUUCACAGUUUUAUAUGGAAGAUAGCUUUUGCCAUUAUAACAUGUUUAACCAUCACUUCUUUGAUGGAAAGGCUGCCCUUGAAGUAUGCAGAACAUUUUUACAGGAAGAUAAAGGUGAGGGAGUCAUUAUGGUGACAGAUCCUCCUUUUGGUGGCUUGGUUGAACCUCUGGCUGUUACAUUCAAGAAGUUAAUUGCUAUGUGGAAAGAAGGUCAAAGCCAAGAUAGCAGUCACAAAGAACUACCCAUAUUCUGGAUUUUCCCUUAUUUUUUUGAAUCCCGAAUUCGUCAGUUUUUUCCGAGCUUCUGCAUGCUGGAUUACCAGGUAGAUUAUGACAAUCAUGCACUUUAUAAACACGGGAAGACAGGUCGAAAACAGUCUCCUGUGCGUAUUUUCACCAAUAUUCCACCCAACAAAAUAAUCCUUCCUAGCGAAGAAGGGUACAGAUUUUGCCCUCUGUGUCAACGAUAUGUUUCCCUAGAGAAUCAACACUGUGAGCACUGUAAUUCUUGUACCUCCAAGGAUGGCAGGAAAUGGAACCAUUGCUUUCUCUGCAAAAAGUGUGUAAAACCUUCCUGGAUCCACUGUAGCAUUUGUAGUCACUGUGCUCUUCCAGAUCAUUCUUGCGGGGGCCCUAAAGAUGGCUGCUUUAUUUGUGGUGAAUUAGACCACAAACGUAGUACUUGUCCUAAGAUCGCUGCAUCUAAGAAAGUGAACAACACCUUGUUUUUCAGAGCUGUCAGAAAGCAGAAGCAAAGAAAAAGUAAUAAGAUGAAAAUGGGGACCACUAAAGGACAAUCCAUGAAUCAUACAUCUGUUACAAGGAAGAAGAACAGGAGAGAAAGAGCCCAUCAAUAUCUUUGCUCUUAAAUGUCCAGUGACUUGAGAAUAAGAAAGAUUUAUAGUCCAACCUUUGAUGCCAUUUUCUGAAAGUGCCACACUGGACUUAAAUUCUGUCGCUUUCAAAGGUAUGCACCUUUCUAAGGCAGAUAAUAGGCAGGUGGUAUUUGCUGGUUUAUGGACCCUUCUCCAGCCUCUCUGGGGACCUGGGGAGGUGUUGCAUCCUGAACUGGUUGACCAGAUCUCUCUGUGUGCCUUUUUUUCUCUCUUUAAAUCUCACCCAAUCAUAUGAUUUUGGCCUCUUUUGAAAAAUGGGCAAGCGUGUUCUUUUGCAGAAAGUGUCAGAAGAAAAAUGAAAGUGAAAACUUGAGGUCUUGUUUACAUUGAACGCGAAUAUGUUAAAUUAGGUCCAGAAAUGUUUUAAGUUAAAUAUCAGAACAUUGUGUGAUGACGUAAACCCCACUUGCAAAGAAAAGUACAAUGAACAAUUAUUAUUUUUUUUUAAAGAUUUUAUUUGAGAGAGAGAGAGUGAGAAAGAGAUUGAGCACAAA